AUGGCAAAGAGGAAACAGACAGCUAUAAAUGUACAGUUAAAGCUUAAGAUUCUAGAUGAAGUGGACCGUGGUACCAAGAAAACAGCAAUUGCAGAGCAGUUUGGGAUACCUAAAUCUACUUUAUCUACCAUUAUUAAGAAUCGAGAAAAAAUUAUUAAUGCUGCAGCAUCAGGUUCUGGAAACAAAUCUAAACGACUUCGUACCGCCAAGUAUGAAGACAUCGAGACGUUACUUCUAGAAUGGUUCAAUCAUAUGCGUGCAUCUAACAUACCUUUAACUGUCCCUGUGAUUCAGUCAAAAUCAAAUGAUAUGGCUAAAGAUAUGGGCAACGAAGACUUCCGUUGUUCUGCUGAUAUGGCAAUUAGAAAAUUCUACACACUAGCUGAGCUACGAGAUAUGGUAAACAAUUUUCUCAUCCAAGAUUAUGGUGAUGGAGAUAAAAUAGAGAUUGUUGGAGUUCCCUCUGACAGUUUGGAUGUUGUUUCUGACGCUGAAGAAUUCGAUCUUGACAUAUUGGAAGACACUUAUCCUGAUGAUGUUCACGGUAGGCUGGAAGUUGAUUCAAGUGCAAUUCCAGUUGCUGAUACCGGUAUAACACCUCUGAGUGAAAACGAUCCUAAUACUUAG